AUGGCCGCUGAAGCCCCCGCACGAUCCGGUCUGGCCGUUGGCCUGAACAAGGGCCACAAAACCACCGCCCGCGUUGUCAAGCCCCGCGUCUCCCGCACCAAGGGACACCUGAGCAAGCGCACCGCCUUCGUCCGUGAGGUCGUCAAGGAGGUUUCUGGUCUUGCCCCCUACGAGCGCCGAGUCAUCGAGUUGCUCCGCAACAGCAAGGACAAGCGUGCCCGUAAGCUCGCCAAGAAGAGACUCGGUACCUUCGGCCGUGCCAAGAAGAAGGUCGACGAGCUCCAACGCGUCAUCGCCGAUGCCCGCCGUGCUCACUAA